AUGCUUCCAGCGAUCCUCGUCUUGAAUGAUCGCUAUUAUCCGAGUUCCACUAAUUCACCCGCGAAAGUUGGGGCGACUGCGUUUGCAUUACAAGUGGUACGAGUUUUAGAGGACGCGGGGUUAUUUGGCGGAGUGAUCCUUUAUGAUCGUCAGGAUCAUUUAGCGGUGCCCAUUGUACAGCUUGUGACAAGAGACUCAACAGCAUGCGUCAAGUUAUCUUUCAACUUCGACAUGAGUACCACACAAGUUCGAUAUGCCUUAUAUGCCGCCACAGCUCUACUCGUGGCAACAUUCCCGGAGAGUCUACCACCAAUGCUAUACUACCAAACCGACACACUUCUCAAAUAUCAUCCGAAGCGGUUACCUUAUUGUGUCACCCAUCACGGCCCUUUCUACGGCGACUUUACGCGUCACUUCACCAAAGAUCUCGCUGCUGUAGCGUACGGCUCUGAGGAUAAGGCCUCACAUCUGGAAGCGACCCAGGAGGAGGGGCUACGACAUCUGAAAGCUUGUGAUCGUGCCUAUGUUCUACAGCAUUCCAACAAGCAAGGUGAUUAUCUCAUGGAACGAGGCAUUGAUCCAGCCCGAAUUCGAGCCCUCAAUCCACCCAUUCACUCGAUGCGCAUCUACCACCAUCACAAAACGACCAACAUCGAAGCACUCACAUCCUUCUCAUCAAGCAAAAGGAUUCUCAUCUUCACUGCAGUUGCUCGUCUUGACUAUUUCAAAAACAUAGAGCUAUUGGUAGACUCAGCAGUUUCACUCCUGGAUCGCGGUAGAUUGGUGCGGCUAUUGAUAGUAGGUGGUGAAGGAACUUCGGAUAUAGCAUUCGCGAAAUUACUUGCCCGAGUCCCACGAAGGCACAGUGCUCAUGUCAAAAUCACCUCCAAAAUCCCGAAAGACGACAUGUAUGCUCUCUUCGAUUACGUACAAACGCAUGGAAUAUUCAUUUGUACUUCACGCUACGAGACUCUUGGAAUCACCCCACUCGAGGCAGCCCUAAGCGGUGUGACCACACUUAUGCCAGCGUGCGACCUUGUUGAAGCUUCUCGUUAUUUCCCUUCAAGCUAUCGCUUCGAUCCUACUGUAUUCGGACUUUCGCAAGUAUUGGAAGGUUUCCUUCGGCAGAGGUUGGGAAAUUCUGGACUGGAGCUGCAACGUUUCAUCAACAGCUUGAUCUCAGAGGAGAGAUUCGUAUAUGACUUGCUGACUGCGUGGUCUGAAUUCUCUCAACAUGCUAUCAAAGUUUUAGCCACUUCGAACGGUACCGCCUAUCAUAAAUCCAAUCGACAAUUGAAGAGAGAGCAGAAAGACCACGAAGUCUAUAGUCUUCAUGUAUCGCCCGACGGGAAAAGAUUAGCAACCGCUGCCGGAGAUGGGCAUGUCAGAAUCUGGUCCACAGAGGCAAUUCUCGAGGCAGCAGAGCAAAACCCUUCUCCAAAACCGCAGCAAUUAUGCCACAUGAGCUAUCAUUCUGGCACUAUACAUACAGUUAGAUUCUCCCCGAACGGACGUUGGCUGGCUUCUGGAGCAGAUGACAAGAUCAUUUGUAUUUAUCAAUUGGAUACACAACCGGCAGCCCAUUCUGCAUCCUUCGGGACAAAUGAACCACCACCUGUGGAGAAUUGGAAAAUUGUUAAGCGUCUCAUUGGGCACGAUAGCGAUGUACAGGAUCUUGGUUGGUCUUAUGACUCUUCGAUUAUGGUAUCUGUAGGGCUGGAUUCGAAAAUCGUUGUAUGGUCGGGACAUACUUUUGAGAAACUCAAGACCCUCUCGGUUCAUCAAAGUCAUGUCAAAGGAAUCACAUUUGACCCCGCAAACAAAUACUUUGCGACUGCUAGCGAUGAUCGAACAAUCAAGCUCUUUCGAUUUACCUCACCGCUACCUAACGCUACUGCGUAUGAGUGUAUGAAUAAUUUUACUUUUGAGCACUCAAUUGCGGCACCUUUCACUUCUUCGCCUCUUACAACAUACUUCCGACGAUGCUCCUGGUCCCCAGAUGGUAACCACAUAGCGGCAGCAAACGCGGUCAACGGGCCUGUAAGCUCCGUUGCAAUCGUCAAUCGAGGAGCCUGGGAUAGUGAAAUUAAUCUAAUUGGCCACGAGGGUCCGGUGGAAGUUUGCACAUUCUCACCACGUUUAUUUAGCAGAACCGAGUUCACACCCGAAACUACGGAUCAAAAUGGUUAUAGCACACAGCCCCUGGUUACGGUCAUCGCAUGCGCUGGGCAAGAUAAAAGUUUAAGCAUCUGGAAUACUAGCAGCUCUCGACCGUUGCUUAUUUGCCAACAACUGGCUGGAAAAUCAAUUUCUGAUCUUGCUUGGUCGCCCGACGGACUUUCUCUCUUCGUUGCGAGUUUGGACGGAACUAUAAUUGCUGCACAGUUUCUCAAGGGUGAGCUAGGAUAUAUUGCACCAUUGACGGAAAACGAGAAGGCCUUGAACAAAUUUGGUGGCAAUCGCAAAGGUGCUGGUGUUGUUGAAGACGUGGCAUCAAUCCAUUUGGAAGAGAUAAGCAGGGCCGAUGAACUUCAAAAGACAGAAGGGAAAAUGAGUGCUCUUAUGGGAGGAUCUGGUCCUGUUUUGGUUAGCAAUGGAAACCCAUCGUCGGCACCGAUGGCCGGUGUUAUCAAUGCAGCCCCGACUACGAAUGGCAAGUCUGUACAACAGCCAGAGACACAACCGCAAGCUCCAUCCGAUCCGAACGCAGAAAGGCUAGACGCUUUAAAACAACGAGUUACAAUUACGAAAGAGGGCAAGAAGCGUGUUGCGCCAUUACUCGUCUCCGCAUCAAGCACAGGAUUAUCAUCUCUACCUCAAUCUCAGCUCAUGGCAUCGAGUUCCAAUAACGUUCAGAACGAAGCACCAGUAUCAAUACUAGAUCUUUCUAAACCUUACGAAGGGCUCCCAAGAGGUGGCCUUGCGGCUAUGCUCUUAGGCAAUAAGAGGAAGGCAAUUGCUCUGGAAGGCGAAGAAGAUGAUGAUGAUGAAUAUCCCAACAAGCGAUCGACGCCAGGUGUCGGACCUAUCCCCAUAGUUAUCAAUGGCGUUAGUGGACUAGAGAAUGCUUUACCAUUACCAUCUCAGAAUGGCGUUGUACCAACCCCGGAAUUCAUUCGGCCAGCUGUUGUCAAUCCAUCGCUGUCGAUUAGUCAGGUACGUUUAGCGGUACCAAAAAUCAGGAGCCAUGUCGUUAGAUCUCUCAACCGUGGAAAUCUACCAUCAGCAAAUGGUAAUGGUGCUGGAGGGCCUGACGAGGGUGCAAAACUGACCGACGAUAUUAUACUCGAAGCUCAAAAUCCAACUGUAUUAGUGCCUGUUCAGGUCAAGGACCCGUGCCGAAUCAGCGCCACCAAACGAGGUAUCACGUUAUGGCAGGAUUUUGUUCCAAGAGCUGUCAUAUUAGUAACGGGUAGCAAAAACUUUUGGGCGGCCGCUUGUGAAGAUGGGAGUAUUUUUACCUGGACCCCUGCAGGUCGAAGGAUUUUUAACGCCCUCGUUACUGAAUCUCAACCUGUUAUCAUUGAAUGCCGAGGCUGGUGGUUACUUUGUAUUACAGCUGUCGGCAUGUGCCAUGUAUGGAACCUCAAAACACUCGCUUCACCACAUCCACCUGUAUCUAUGGCGCCAAUUCUAGAAAUUGCCAUGCACUCCUUGGGCACACACACUACAUUUGCUCCAGGUGUAACUUCAGCUCAUCUCAACUCGACUGGACUUAUCGUCGUUACAUUGAGCAACGGCGAUGGCUAUGUGUACUCACCUAAAAUGUUUGUUUGGCAGCGAUUGUCUGAAGCAUGGUGGGCUGUAGGUAGUCAAUACUGGAACUCCAAUGACUCCUCAAUUAGUCAUCUGCAAUCUAAGGGUGUCGGCCCCGAAAGUCGCAAGGAUGGAGAGAUUGAUAGCACGAACUUAUCAGCAGGAAUUAUCCCUCACUUGGAGAGACACACUACUGGUGAAGUGCUACUCAAAGGCAGAGCCUACCAUCUUCAACGACUUAUAAAAACAUUACUCUCCAAGGAUGGUUUCGAAGGCUUUGAAUCAGGUGUUAGUAUCGCUCAUCUCGAAAAUCGCGUUGCUGCUGCCUUGCAACUUCAAGCCAAGGAUGACUUUCGCCUCUAUCUGUUCAUGUACGCGAAACGUCUUGGGGCGGAGGGACUCAAGAACAAGAUCGAGGAACUUUUACGUAGCAUCAUGGGUGGCAUAUUGCAAGAAAACAGUGAUAUCUCCACAGCUGAAAAGGGCGAGGGUUGGAUGAGUGAAGACGAACAAUUAUGUGGAUGGGACCGAAAAGAGCUCCUGAAAGGAGUUGUAUUAAUAUUAGGGAAAUAUCGAGAUUCGCAGAGACUUACAGUACAAUAUGCGAGGGUGCUCGAAAUGGUUGAUGACGAAAACAUGUGA